AUGUCUGCCUCCACACCAAAGCCUAAGCCGACAGUACCUGUCGCGCUUUCAUUCGAGGCCAUCGACGACCUCAUCUACGAUGCCCGCGCUGGCGACCUCGAGGCUCUGAACGCCGACAUUGCCACUCUCGCCUCGCAGCACAACUGCCCAGAGUCGUACAUUGUCGCCUCUGCUAUUGAUAUGGAAGAUGAGAGCGAAGGCGGGACAGGGUCCUGCGUGCUGCACUUCCCCGCCGCCAACGGCAACAGCGAAAUCCUCAACACACUCCUCCAAAAACUCUCCACUCUGGAUGUCGCCCAGCGCACGGCAUUCGUCAACCACCGCAACCACUCUGGUAACACGCCCCUGCACUGGGCUGCGCUGAACACGCACCUGGAGUGCGUUAAGGGUCUCGUUGAGGCUGGUGCCGACGUCGCUAUCAAGAACGACGCUGGCCACGAUGCUGUGUUCCUGGCUGAGCGUGCGGCUUGGUCUGCUGCUGCCGAGGAAGAGGGUGAGAUUGAUGAGAAUGCCGAGGAGCCGCAGGAGAUUGAGAUGACUAUUGGUGAGGAGCAGGGUGAGGGUGAGGGUGAGAAGCAGGCUGAUGCUGGGGAGAUGUCUGCUGGCAGACAGGUUGUUGAGUGGUUGUUGAGCUCGGAGAAGGCAGCGGGUUUGGAGAGUAGUGCUACUGAAGGGGAGAAGUCUGCGUGA